GUCGACUCGACGACAUCAAACAUUGUCUGAAGUAUGUUAAGCAGAGUCCUAGCACCGGCAGCUGUGACAGUGAGAUGCCUCCGGCGCUCAACUUACGCUGGCACACAAUCUAGCUGGGUCAGAGACACUGGAUACGUCGGAUGUCAUCAAGAAGCCAGGCAUCACUGCGCCGGCUUUCCACAUAAACAGACGCCAUUGUUAGGCCAUCGUCUGCUCUGCACACAAAAGCAAGUGACAACCUCGAGGAGAAUGUCCGGUCGUACUCCGCUCUCCGAAGAUGGCUUAACCGCUGAACAACUUAUCGGAUGUGGAGAUGGCCUCACGUACAAUGACUUCCUUAUCCUCCCAGGCUACAUUGACUUUGCAGCUGAUGAUGUUGAUCUCACCACAAAGCUCACGAAGGGCAUCACUCUCCAAGCCCCCCUGGUUUCCUCCCCCAUGGACACAGUCACAGAGUCCGAAAUGGCCAUCGCCAUGGCUCUCUGUGGAGGCAUAGGCAUUAUUCAUCAUAACUGCACUCCUGAACAUCAGGCCAGCGAAGUGAGCAGAGCUAAGAAAUACAAGCACGGAUUCAUCCACGACCCGGUGGUCCUGAGUCCGAACAACUGUGUGGCUGACGUGUUUGAGGUGAAGAAGACGCACGGCUUUGCUGGCGUUCCAGUAACGGACACAGGGAAGCUCGGGGGACGACUGCUCGGAAUAGUCACAUCGCGCGACAUAGACUUUCUUCCCGUUGAGGACCACAGCAAGCUCCUCUCCGACGUGAUGACGCCCCUCAAGGACCUCGUGGUUGCAUCAUCUAAAGUUACUCUCACCGAAGCAAACUCCCUGCUGCAGAAGAGCAAAAAAGGCAAGCUUCCCCUGGUGAAUGAAUCUGGAGAGCUGGUCUCCCUAAUGGCACGUACAGACUUGAAGAAGAGUAGGAGUUACCCAUUGGCUUCAAAGGAUGAGAACAAGCAGCUAUUGGUGGGGGCAGCUAUUGGCACUAGGGAAACAGACAAGCCUCGCCUCGAACUCCUGGUACAGGCUGGUGUUGACGUCGUCGUCCUGGAUUCCUCUCAAGGGAACUCUGUUUUCCAAAUUAACAUGGUGAAGUACAUCAAGCAGAAAUACCCCAACCUCCAAGUUAUUGGUGGAAACGUUGUGACAGCUGCGCAAGCAAAGAACUUAAUUGAAGCUGGAGUUGACGGGCUGCGUGUUGGCAUGGGAUCUGGAUCUAUCUGCAUUACUCAAGAAGUGAUGGCAUGUGGAAGGCCACAAGCGACAGCUGUUUACAAGGUGGCUGAGUAUGCCCGCCGUCAUGGAGUACCUUGCAUUGCCGAUGGAGGUGUCAGCUCUGCUGGACACAUCAUUAAGGCCCUGGCACUUGGAGCAUCUACUGUUAUGAUGGGCUCCAUGCUGGCUGGCACUUCGGAAUCUCCCGGAGAGUACUUCUUCUCCAAUGGCGUGAGGCUAAAGAAGUAUCGUGGUAUGGGAUCUCUGGAUGCCAUGGGCAGCUGUGAAGGCAGUGGAAGUCUCAAUCGCUACCACCAGAGCGAGCAAGACAAGAUACGCGUUGCUCAGGGAGUGUCUGGCACCAUUGUGGACAAGGGCUCUGUGCAUCGUUACGUUCCCUACCUUAUCACAGGCAUCAAGUUUGGCUGUCAGGACAUUGGAGCCAAAUCCCUGGAAAUUCUCAAGGCCAACAUGUACUCUGGCGACAUCAAGUUCGAGAAGAGAUCUGUCUCUGCUCAGGCUGAAGGCGGGGUACAUGGACUUUACUCGUUUGAAAAGAAGCUGUUCUAAGGACAACCACAUUUUUGCCUGAGCUCGACCAUCCCCAUCUCUGAACCGAAAAUGGACACGGCCUUAACAUUCCUGCAGAAGUUGAAAAUGAAGUUGAAGCAACGACCUAGAAGUGUCCGAAGAGCGUUGCCGAUUUUUACACACACACACACGUGUUACUUAGAGGCCAAUAUUAGAAAAAAUGCGUCGUGCCAUAUUUACAACACUGGAAUAAUCCUGCACUAUUUUCUAUAGCUCCUCAAUGGGCAUUGUUUUAAACGGGUGCCGUUGUAAACAGGAACCUGAACCAGUCAUUGUUAGACCUUGUUGAAUGUGAAGCGUGUUUGAAAAGACAAGCAUACUGUUCAGAAUGUAUAUAAACUUGAAUUUCAGAAAGAUUACAUACUUGUUUUUAUUCAACAUUCCAUAGCUAUCACGGAGUGCCCGAGGCCCUGUGUGGUGAAAUUUAUGCCUUAAAAUGUGGUGUGUGGUACUUAAUUUAGUUUACCCCAAUGUUUAAUUGAAAUUGAAAGUGCUCAUGUAUCGACAAAGAACAAAUCUGAUGUUUGCUAUUCAAUAUUUUGAAGUGAAAGUGUCGCUGCAAUGAAGUUUUAAUGUAUAAAUAUGUGGCACAAACAUUGUUUCCUUCAGCCGUUGCAAAAAGGAAAUAUGCUCUGUUUUAGAAGUAUCUGGUGCAAGAUAUUGUGUCCUACAAAUGAUAAUAAAUGGCACUCAAACUUGAGUGAACAUUGCAACUUUG